UAUUUUUUGGCGGUUGUAAAGCUUCCACCGGUGACGGCCUCUGCUUGUUCAGAUGACUCUGAAUCAAUGGGUGAUAUGCACUGUUUGAGCAAUCGGAAAUAAUCUCCAGCAGCUUAAAGAAAAGGACGAAGAACAAUGAUCAUUCAAGCGUUACCCCAGGCCUCGGCGGCGACGGGUUGGCCUUGUAGCCUCACCAAUCUUCGUUUAGGACAAUACCAGCCACUGCAAACCCCAAAGUCCUCUUUCGCUAGAGACUCGCCGGUUCCUUUAAACUGUUCGCCAGGCCGCUUGGGUCUCUUGUUCGUGCCCAGAGCUGCGGAUUCUACGCCGCCCGCGUCGGCCUCCUCCGCUUCAUUGGACAAAACCAUUGUUCCAGAUGAAGGCUUCUCAAUAUCCAAGAUCUCCUUUGGGGACAUUGGUUUAGCAAUUGGUGGCUCACUUCUCUCGUAUGGUUUUGGGGCAUAUUUUACCAUCUUACCGGGAUCAGAGUGGUCUGCAUUAAUGCUCACGUAUGGGUUUCCUCUUGCAGUCAUUGGUAUGGCUUUAAAGUAUGCGGAGUUGAAGCCAGUGCCAUGCAUAACCUACUCUGAUGCACAAAGCUUGAGGGAAAAAUGUGCUACUCCCAUUCUUAAGCAGGUAAGGAAUGAUGUCACGCGAUUUUGUUAUGGGGAUGAGCAACACUUAGAUGAGGCCCUAAAAAGAAUCUUUCAGUAUGGUCUGGGAGGCGGCAUUUCAAGGCGCAGUGGACCAAUUCUGAGAAUGAUCCGUGAAGAAGUCGGUGUAGAUGGAAAAUACUGUUUAGUUCUCGUGUUUGAAGCAAAAUCUCUGCAAUUAUCAGAUUUUGAGCAAAGACAGGCGAAGUUUGAAUCAUUUUUUGGGCCAGGAAUCACUGCUGAAAUAGCUAAAGGAGAGGGUAACGAUGUGUAUGAAGUAAGGCUUAUUUCGCAAACAACUCUACUUUGAAGUUCAAAGAAAUGAAGAUUUGCUCGUCCUUCAAAACUGUGAAUCUUAUUUAUUUCUUUCUAUAAUUUAAUCUCUUACAGUGGUUGAUAUGUAAUUAUUAAAGCAAGGCCAGCGUGAUACUAUUUGCUCGCAUUUGCUUUUGUACAUAAAAUCGAAAAUGUUACAACUCAAUUUUGAUUCUUAAUUAUGGUUCCUCUACC